AUGCGAUGGCUGGGAAUUCUGGCUGGGACUUACAUAUCCCUGGCGAUGGCCACGAUUAAUAACAUUAAUAAACCCCCCAACGGAUAUGAGAUGGAUCUGAAAAUAUUGCUACAGAAGAUCCUAUGGACCGCCAAUGUCAAGAGAUGCUUUAGCGUCAUCACGGAUGAUCUGCAUUAUCCCAUCUACGAUCGGGUAUUUUUCGAGUCGGUGGGUCGUCAAGUAAUCCCCUUCUUCGUGAUGCGGACUAAUGCCAGUGAGGAUCUCCAGCGGCCUUCGCAGCAAAUUGAGCUCUUCGUGAAGGCCAUUAAGUCCAGCGAUUGUGAGCUAAAUGUGAUCACCAUCCUAAACGGCUGGCAGGUGCAGCGAUUUCUUAAAUAUAUUUACGAAAACAGAUCUUUGAAUUUGCAGAAAAAAUUCAUCUUACUGCACGAUUCGCGACUCUUUGAGAGGGAUAUGAUCCACCUAUGGAGUGUUUUUGUGGGCACCAUUUUCCUCAAACCUCAGUUGGACAACCAAUUUAUCAUCUCCACCAUUGCCUUUCCGGGCAUUUUGAGUGGAGUGCUGGUUCUGAAGAAUAUCGCCCAAUGGGAAUUGGGAAAAAGUGUCAGUGGAAGGAUUUUAUUCGCCGACAAGACUAGUAAUUUGAAUGGAGUCCCGAUGCCUGUGGCCCUUGCCGAGCACGUGCCCAUGGUCCUGUGGACGAACACGACAAACAGCUUCCAAGGAGUUGAAGUGGAGAUUAUGAAUGCCCUGGGCAAGUCGCUGAACUUCAGACCCGUUUACUACAGGCCCAACCAAAGUGAAACUGUGGACUGGGAGCUGGAAAAUGGCUAUGGAAAUGGUAAUCCCGAUGGUUACGGACAGAACGAAAGCCGCAUUGAUUCCUUGCUUAUUGAAGAGGUGGCUGCUCACAUUGCUCGCUUUGCCAUUGGGGACUUGCAUCUCUUCCUGGUGUAUCUGCAACUGGUGGAGCUCAGUUUGCCGCACAAUUUCGAGUGCCUGACCUUUCUCACGCCCGAAUCCUCGACAGACAACUCCUGGCAGACCUUCAUUCUUCCGUUUAGCGGUGGAAUGUGGGCGGGCGUUCUACUCUCCCUUUUUAUAGUGGGCACGGUGUUUUAUGCCAUUAGCUUCUUGAACGCUAUUAUCAACAGAAAUGUGUCCUCUGGAUUCUUUCGUUGCCUUCGACGGAAUCGUGGCGUUGCCAUGGAUCCAAAGAUUUAUCGUAGAGUUAGUUUCCGCAUCGCCAUCAGUCGCUAUCGUCCUUCUAAGGAAUCCAGGAGACCUCGAGAUCUUUUCGACGACUAUGCCAACUGCAUUUUACUCACCUACAGUAUGCUCCUCUAUGUUGCCCUACCUCGAAUGCCUCGCAAUUGGCCACUGAGGGUACUGACCGGAUGGUACUGGAUCUACUGCAUCCUCUUGGUGGCCACAUAUCGGGCCAGCUUCACAGCCAUUUUGGCCAAUCCGUCAGCCAGAGUUACUAUUGACACUCUGGAGGAUCUGCUGGGCUCCCACAUUCCACCCUCUGCUGGAGCCACAGAGAACAGGCAGUUUUUCCUGGAUGCCACCGAUGAGACUGCUCGAAAGGUGGGCGAUAAGAUGGAGGUAAUCCGGCAAAAUGAAGAUCUGACCUCUCGCAUAGCCAAAGGUCAGUGCGCCUUCUACGACAACGAGUUUUAUCUUCGCUAUCUGCGAGUGGCGGACGAAUCUGGAUCCGGAGUGGGAUCUGCUCUGCAUAUCAUGAAGGAAUGUGUGGUCUCCAUGCCCGUGGUUCUGGCGAUGGAGAAGAAUUCGGCCCUGAAAAAUCGGGUUGAUAGCUCCAUUCAACAUCUGGCAGAGGGUGGUCUGAUAUCUAAAUGGCUUAAGGACGCCAUAGUACAUCUACCGGCAGAGGCUCCUGCCCAACAGGAGGCCCUUAUGAACAUACAAAAAUUCUGGAGUUCUUUUGUGGCCUUGGCUAUCGGUUACGUUAUCUCCAUUCUAACUCUUCUCGCCGAGCGAUGGCAUUUCAAGCACAUUAUCAUGAAACAUCCAAUGUACGAUGUCUACAACCCAAGCUUGUAUUAUAAUUUUAAAAGGAUUUAUCCGGGGCAAUAA